GAGCGCGAAUGGGCAGAGCAGAAACACCAGAAGGGAAGAUGAGUGGCCAGGAUCCCUCAGACCUGUGGGGCGGAUUGGAUGGAGACGCCGAGCUGCUCCAAGACUUGGGAUGGUAUCAUGGCAACCUCUCACGCCAUGCCGCUGAAGCUCUUCUUCUCUCAAAUGGAUUAGAUGGGAGCUACCUGUUAAGGGACAGUAAUGAAAAGACUGGGUCGUACUCUCUGUCUGUGAGAGCAAAAGACUCUGUCAAACAUUUUCAUGUUGAAUAUACUGGGUACUCACUUAAAUUUGGCUUUAAUGAAUUCUCAUCAUUGAAGGAUUUUGUCAAGCAUUUUGCAAACCAGCCUUUGAUUGGAAGUGAGACAGGCACUCUGAUUGUCCUGAAGCACCCUUAUCCGAGGAAAGUGGAAGAGCCUUCCAUUUACGAAUCUGUGCGAGUUCACACAGCAAUGCAGACAGGAAGAACAGAAAACGAUCUUGUGCCCACUGCUCCUUCUCUGGGCACCAAAGAAGGGUACCUCACCAAACAGGGGGGCUUGGUUAAGACUUGGAAAACAAGAUGGUUCACUUUGCACAGAAAUGAACUGAAAUAUUUCAAAGACCAAAUGUCACCAGAACCAAUUCGAAUCCUAGACUUGACAGAAUGUUCAGCUGUACAAUUUGAUUACUCACAGGAAAAAGUAAACUGCUUUUGUUUAGUAUUUCCAUUCCGGACAUUUUAUCUCUGUGCAAAGACAGGAGUAGAAGCUGAUGAGUGGAUCAAGAUAUUGCGCUGGAAAUUGUCACAAAUAAGAAAACAGCUAAGUCAAGGGGAUGGCACAAUCCGGUCUCGGUCAUUCAUCUUUAAUUAG